AUGGGCCAAAGCGCACCAACGCCGAGUCUGCGCACGCAGCGGCGGCAACAGCUUAAGCAACAGGACAUGCAGAAGCCACUGCAGGCUACAGAGCAGGUGCGACACCACCAGCCGACGCUGAAGGAGCAGUGGCAAGCAAAGCGGGAGGCAAACGCCGCCGCCCGCGAGGCGAACGCGGCGGAGCGCAAGCGGAAGAAAGAUGCUCUGCAUGCCGCACUGGUAGCACAGCAGAAGCAAGCUGAAUGCGAAGAGAAUCUCUUCAACUUGGACGACGGUGUGCAGGGAGGCGGGGGCGGCGGCAGCAGCGAUGAUGACCAUCUUCCGAACGCUGAGGCGGAGGCAAUGCUAAUUCAGGCGCAGAUUAACGCACAGUUAGCCGCCUUUCAAACUUUUAUGCAGAACAACCCUGAUGUCGGGGAGGACCUUGACAGCGUUGACGCCACCCCAGCCAGCAUGUUUAACCGUGAUGCCGCGACGAUAGCGGCACUGAAAGCUGCCAAGAGCGGCAGCCUUGGGGACGGAGACGAUGAUGAGGCAAUUGCGAACGUCUCCGUGCACACCUCCGACUACGCGGAUGAGGAGCUGAUGCAGGGCCUCGACGACCUCGAUGAGGAGCUCGAACAGGAGUUCCUGCAUAGCAUCGACGCCAUGCAACACCAGGUUGCCGAACACAAGAAGCAGUCCCUCGUGUACCUGCGCGAGCACAACGACAAGGCGGCGGCACUGCAAGAACUACAAAAGGCGAAGCAGAUCGAAGCAAACAUCAAGAAGUUGCUGGGCGACCACGAGACCCCGCUUCGUGUGCAGAUCGAGGAACAACAGACGAAGAUCGUCGAGCUGGAGAACCUCGUCGCGACACGCAAACAGCAGUCCUUGGCCGCUCUUCACGACGGCGACAAGCCUACGGCGCUGACGCUGCUGAAGGAAGCAAAGGGAUUUGCGAGUCAGCUGGAGGCGGUGAGAGCAACGCUGGCGUCACUUCGGGAACAAAAAGAGAAGCAACUCCGUAGCACGGGCGAGGACUGA